GUAGUCGCCAUCCAGACCGAUGGAUUGUCCCUGGAGGAGGCAUGGAGCCCGAGGAGGAGCCAAGUGUAGCAGCAGCCCGUGAAGUGUGUGAGGAGGCUGGAGUAAAAGGAACAUUGGGAAGAUUAGUUGGGAUUUUUGAGAUGGUGAGAGGCAGAGAUGGGGGAGAGACAGCUACAGCACUGUUCCACCACUCAUGAAGCUUCCUCUCAGCAGACGGGAAGCAGGGGCUUGAACCCUAGCCCUUGCAACGUGGCAAUGUGUGUGCUCGACAAGGUGCUGCUUGGGCUCGGCCCUUACCGCCCCGGGGGACGCUGGGAAACCGCGCCCUCGGCUCCCCCUGCUGCGUGGCCCUCGACUGCCCCCUGCUGCGGCGGAGUAGACCCUGCAGCUCUGGCCGCCCCGCCUUCGCACCGCCCAUCUCCUGCCCGCGGAUUGGUGGCUCCUGAUGUCUCUGGGCUGGUCGUCUCCUGCUACCUGAUUGGCUACACCCGGAACCAAGGCCACGCCCACUUUCCUGGGUCCUUUGAUCACGCGCCUGCCGGCUCUUCCGGGGCUGUGGAGCCAACACAGGGCGUUCCUGUCCAGGCUGUCGCGGCGGGAGGGAGCCCAGUGGAGGCACCCUCCCAAGGCACUACUCCCAUGCUGACUACCCAGCUCCUCUGCCGCCGAUGUCAUGAGUAACACCACAGUGCCCAAUGCCCCCCAGGCCAACAGUGACUCUAUGGUGGGCUAUGUGCUGGGGCCUUUCUUCCUCAUCACCCUUGUUGGAGUGGUGGUGGCUGUGGUAAUGUAUGUACAGAAGAAAAAGCGGGCAGACCGGCUGCGCCACCACCUGCUCCCCAUGUAUAGCUAUGACCCUGCUGAGGAGCUGCAUGAAGCCGAACAGGAGCUUCUCUCGGAUGUGGGAGACCCAAAGGUGGUGCAUGGCUGGCAGAGUGGAUACCAGCACAAGAUGCCCUUGCUAGAUGUGAAGACAUGACCCCCUGCUAAAUGCCAGGGCUCAGCUUCUGGGCACUGUACCCCCCCAACCCUCUGGACUGAGCACACCACCCAUUCCCAGAUGCUGUUGCAGACCAGAAGGAACCCUUCUUUAGCCCUAACUUGGCCUUUAGCCUUACUUCCAUGGUGACAGGGCAUGAUGUAUAAUAGUACAUAGUAUGUAUAUUUUGUAAAUAAAAUGUUUUGUGGUUA